AUAUUACUAUCCCUACAUUUCUCAGAAUAUUUCAAGGUGUUCCAGCUAAUAUUUCAAAAAUGGAUUCGAUUAUUGAAAAGCUCAAGCGCUUUAUUUCCGUGGCGUUUCUGUUUAAUAAGCUGUUAUUUUACGUAUUCAUUUCUGGUCUGUUUAUCUUAAUUUUUAUUCGACUUUUCAUGAUGGAGCGCCUUCAACGAUUGAAGGCAAUAAUCUGGAGAAGCUUUUCCGAAUAUGACCACGAAUCUGAGCCAGAAGAUGAAGGAUACAUAGAUGAUGAGUUUCUAUUCAGGGACCUCAAUCCGGAGCAGAGUGUCGAGUUGCAUCGCCGGCAGCGAUUGGAGGCGGCAGCUAAAGUAUUGCGAAAUGUGGCGGACAAGGAGGGAUCUCACAAGUGCCCCGAACCGAGACGAAAGAAAACUGAACCAACAAAAUCAAGAUAAAUUAUGGAUGGUUCCAGAAAUAUGCCAAAUACCUAAGAUAAUUUCUAUUCAUCGGGAAUUGUUAAAAAUAACACAUUUGACGUUACUGACCAUAACCGAAUAUCCAAACGAAAUGAACUAAAUACAAUUCCAUGCCCAGUCGU